GCUUCCAGCAUGGCAUCUGCAGGAACCUCUGGACAGACAGCCUUCGGCUUGGGCCGCAAGAAGAAAAACCCAGGCGUCUUGGAUCAGAUUGGGAAGUUCUUUGGAGGGGACAAGAAGAGGAAGGGCAAGGGCUCUUUCCGUGGUGCCUUGUCCACUUCCCCCCAGAGGCCUGCCCAUGCAUCCGCUCGUCGCCGUGGCGAUGAGAACGCUGUGGUGCACUUCUUCAGAUCGAUUGUGUCUCCAGCUCCCCCCAAGUCAAGGGGGGAUCAGAAGUCACAGGGGUCGGCCAAGGGCCAGAAAGCUCGCGCAGGAGAUGGCCAGGGGACCCUGACUAAGAUCUUUAAAAUGGGAGGAAGCCGAACUGCUUCACCAUCCAAACGCUGA